CAUUUUUCAAAUCAUUUCAGUGUUUGGGUAGGUAUAAAAGCAUAUGACUCCGGGCGAUCUUACAGGUAUUGAAUAAAGAAUAAUGUUUCGUGACAACAGUUCGCAGUAGUGAGAUUGAACAUGAGUUGGGGAUCAUUGUAAAGUACUUUUUCCAUUUUGAUACAACAUGUUUUCUUAUAUUUUAAUAUGAAUAUGACACGUAAUGCUCGUGUACACAAAUAUCAAACCUCAUCUUUUUUUCUCUCCAAAAAUAUCAAACCUCAUUAAUGAAGGGAAACAAAGAACUUAAUAAGACUUGAUUGCGUGGAGUAGUAUUUACCAUAUAUUUCUCAAAGUCGUAGAAUCAUUCGUUGUCUAAAGAAAGUAAUCAAGGCCUUUCGAAGUGAUAAUCUGAUUCUUUGUAGGAGUAGUAUUUUUCUUCUUUAAUUCAUUUACAAAUAGUAGUGUCGACUCAAGGUCUACAUCCUAAUAAAUAUAAAUGCUACAUCAUUAAUAUAUAAUUGCACAAAUGCAUCAACAGUGCAUACCGUUGAAAUACAUAUUCAUACUGUAGAGCAUUCUGAAGAUUGAAAGGCACAAAUUGAUAUUUGGCAAGGACAAUUCCUAAAUCAUGACUAUGACCUCGAACUACUAUAGGUUCUUCCACACAUGUCUAGAAGGUUCUUCCACACAAAUCGAGUCUCAUUCCGCAAGUAUGUAAAAUAAGAUGACAAACUAUUAAAAAUGAGCAAACCUACUCAAAAGUGCAAUUAUAUUUUCUACUAAUUCUAAUGUCAUGUAUGCAUGUAAGAUCCUAUACUGGAGUAUUCACGUAAGCAACUUAUAUUGUGGCAGAAGAGACCUUUUUGUAUAUGAUAAUCAAAGGGAGUGGGAAAGCUGCUACUCCCUUUGAAUUUCAGCCAUAGCGAAGCCAAAAUUUGAAGCCAAUGGGUUCGAAAAUUUAUUCCUUCUAAGUUACUGAGUUUUAAUUUAAUAAUUUGUACAAAUUCAAUAAAUUUUUAAAGAUAAAUAUGGAAUUCAAAGCUACUAGAUUUGGUCAAACCCGCGUCCGAAGCUCUAGCUCUGUCCCUGAUUUCAGCAGGACUUGUCCCUGUUGAGCAACUUUAAGUGAAAUAAACUAAAGAAUUGCGUGGUGUUACUGCUAAAUAUAGUUACUUCAGAUUACCUAUGAUCUAGCUAAUCUCUCUUAAGGUGGCAGUGUAGAUACAAGGUACCCUAACUCCAUGUGAGAAGCUAGAUUUUUGGACUUAAUUCUGAAACAAGAAUGGUUAAUCUACGAUAAAUUCCACAAACCGACAAGACAAGAAAAAAUGCCACGAUUCAGUUUCUUUCGUACGGUGCGAGAUAUGUAGUCAUAACUUCUUUGUCCCGCACCUUUUGUGGUUGGUCAGUAUUAUGAGAGUAAGAGUAGUUGGGGCAAUUAAAAUGAGUAGUUGUGUUUUGCUAUCUACAGUCAUUUUAAGGCCCAUGAAUGCUUCAAUUCGAGCUCAUCCACUUGAGUCUGGACACUUCAUCACCUUUCUACGUCACUGCCACUCAUGGGUUUGGUACAAAGUGAUGUGGAAUAUAAUGUUCAUGGACCUUUAAACCUAACAACUUGAACUUUUAUAUCUCAUCUAUCCUACCAAGUUAGAUAUUUUGAUGAAAUCUGGAAGUGUUAUGUUCGAAAUAACCAAGUGUCAUGCCGAAGGUACUAACAAUAACAACGAACCAAGUAUAUUAUUACAACUGGGGCCUGGUCAGUAUAGUGUGUAUGCAGACCUUACCCCUACCUAUUGGAGGCAGAGAGGCUGCUUCCAAUAGACCCGCCGAAGGUACUAACACAAACGCUAAAAUGACUAUAAAUCAAAUAACAAUGGAUGGAAAAAGAUCAUUACAGAAAUAGAGAAAACGACACCCACAAGUACUGUUGAUCCUGUAUGAGUGUUAACAUUAUUUGGUAUGUAAAAUUUUGUUUCGUGUCAGUAGUGUAGUACUAAUCAUGGUUUUGGGAAGAAAUGAUUAAUUGGUUUCUAAAGGACUAAAAGUAAGAGUGGUUCCUAAACCAAUUUUGUACUUAAUUUAAUUCACUGCGCGAAAGGGACAUGCUGUCUUUUUAGACUAACUACGCCUUUGUCUUGGUGAUAGAACUAUAUAAUAUAUUGCAAAAGAAAAAAAAAGUGCAUAGUUCAGAAUACAGAAAAUUAAAGGGCUAGUAAGCAGUAUAGGUGCUGAAAAUAUGGUGAAAGAAAAUCUACUAACUGGUGGAUCAAUAUUUGUGGAGAAGAGAAAUCACUGUGUCAUUUAUCCAGCCAAUGGCAGUAUGGUGGCGCAGUCUGUGGAAAGAAGAAACAAGAACUGGUUUGUCCAGACAAAAAUUCCAAGUGAUUUGAUAGUACAAAUUAAAGACAAAAGCUUCCACUUGCAUAAGCUCUCCAUGGUUUCAAGAAGUGGAUACGUUAGCAGAUUGGUAUUUCAUAGGAAUGGGGACAACAUUACUACAAUUCAGAUUGAUGCAAUCCCAGGUGGGGCUAAUAUCUUUGAAUUAAUAGUGAAAUUUUGCUAUGGACUGAAGAUCAAAGCUACAGCUUCAAAUGUCGCGCCACUGUAUUGUGCUGCUCAUUUCUUGGAAAUGCAUGAUGAUCUUCAGCCUGGAAAUUUAAUUUCUAAAACUGAGGCAUUCCUAAGUUAUGUAAUCCUUUCGUCGUGGAAAGACACAUUUAGGAUCUUGAAAAGCUGUGAAUCAGUUUCUUCUUGGUCUAAAGACUUGCACAUUGUCAAGCGUUGCUCGGAAGCCAUUUCUUGGAAAGCCUGCUCAGAAACUAGCACGAGUAGUAUAGAAGACAAUGAAGUUUUGGUGAAUGUUAUGACUGAUGAUACGACCAAGUUAAAUGUCAAAAAGUUGAGCGGAAAUUGGUUUUUCAAGGACGUUGCAUCCCUAAGAAUAGAUCAUUUUAUCGAAGUAAUUACAUCGAUCAAAAAGAGAAACAUUAAGCCAGAGCUUAUAGGGUCAUGUAUAGCUCACUGGACAAAGAAAUGGAUUUCUCAAAUCACAGUUUCAAAACAGAAAUCUAAAGAUCAAGAAUUGUCCAUCCAACUACACAGAGUGACAACUGAAUGUUUGAUAAGGGUACUUCCUGUUGAAGAAAACUCAGUUCCCUGCAAUUUUCUGCUUCAUCUUUUCAAGAUUGGGCUUAUUAUGAAUAUUGAUCCCAGAUUACAAGAUCAACUCAAAACAAGAGUAGCUUUCUUGUUGGAAAGCUGUAGUACUAAAGACCUUCUAGUCAGGAACAGCACAACUCUUUUCGACGUGGAUAUUGUUGUUCAAGUGGUGGAAGCUUAUGUCUCGCUAGCAUCAAAUAAGCCCAACUCAAAAAUGUCUGUUGUCGGGAGGCUAGUGGAUGAUUACCUCGCCCUUGUAUCAAGGGACGAGAACCUUGUAGCAAGAUGCUUUUACUCUCUUGUAAAUGCAUUGCCAAAAGAAGCACGAUCUUGUGAUGACAACCUAUAUAGGUCAAUAGACAUGUACCUCAAGGAACAUCCUGACCUAACAGAAGAAGAAAGAAGCAGUAUAUGCAGAAAACUGGAGUACCAUAAACUAUCACAGGAAGCGCGAACACAUGCCAUGAAGAAUGAUAGGCUGCCGGAUAAUAUCAGGACACAAUUUAUACUUGUUGAACAGAUCAAUAUGACAAGGUUACUGACUUCAGCUGGUUCAAGUUACCAACGGACUAAGUCACAGACAAUAAUGAAAGUCAGCAAAGGUGUAGGCAAGAGUUGGAUGAAUUCCUCCCAAAAUGAAAUGGAAAUGAUGAAACAAGAGGUUGAGAUGUUAAACGCUCAAGUUGGUGAACUGAAGCAAUGUAGGAUGGAACUUCAAAGGCAAACCAAGAAAUCUGUUUUUUGUUAGUUCGUUAUGUUUCAUGUCUGCUACAUAUCUGGUUCCUUGAUUCUGACUAUUGUAAUCUUCUCUUGUAAUUUCGAAGUGUUUUUGGUCAAUCAACCUUAAGGUGCUGAGUUAUUUUCAAA